CGAAGCCCUCCCAUUUCGCUCCCCCCUGUUUCGCCGAAACCAUCGCCUUCGUGACCGAACCCUCGAGAUACAGUCGCAAUUGGAGCUAGCUGGGAACGCAACAACGGGGUCGCGGCUUACAGUUUGUUGUGGAGGGUUAAGCUUGUGCAUUUGAGUGGCCAUAUCUUAUUGGAUUUGGUUAUUAUAUUUCGACAGGGUCAAUCAUUGCUCAAGAACAUAAAUCAUCGAGCUCUAGAGAUGUUUGAAAGGUCUCCAUAUGUUGCUGUAAAUAAGAUGCGUCCCACGUGAACGAAUUUGUGAUGCUAAUGUCUUCAUUGACUGACAGUGUAGAUGGUCCUGCUGUAUUAAAAUUGGCUAAAUGGGACCAUUUGCCAUAUCAUUUGAAGCCAUCGGAAUUUUCUGAAGUUUCCCUUUCUCCAACAAGGAAGCUGUUGCUGCUGCUUUCAUAUAAAUCUGAAGCAUUAUUGCUCCCUCUAAAUGCUGGAUGUCGACCUUCCUAUUACAUUAAGGACGAUGUAGACCGUUUUUGUCAUCUAGAUCAUUGCCCGACACCUGCCAUUUUUACAGAAUUUUCAACAUCAACUUCAGUUUCAGUUGACAAGUCUGCAGAAAGUUUUGAAAAUCAUUAUAAAAUUAGUUCUGCCUCAUUUGGUUCUUGUGCUUUAAUAGCAAAUGUGAAGUCAUUUGCCUGGGGGCAUUAUGACGAUUCAUAUGGUCACUUCGAGCAAUAUGACUUUAGGGAGUUUCUCAUUGUCUGCACUGAUGUUGGGUUUACUUUUCAUUCAUUCCGUUAUCCUAAUAAAGACUAUGAAGUGGCCACAUUUGUUAAUGAAAGUGGGCCUUUCAAUGGCAAUUGGGUGGAGUGGGGGCCUUCUUCUGGCUUGCACGCAGAAGAGCAGCAUUUUGGUAAAUACUAUAAAACUUCUUUAGAGCAAAAAAAGUGGCUCCAAACGUUCUUCACAGAAGUGAAUGCUUCUUGGUGUGAUAGCAAGUACUUGGCUAGAUUUCCUGCAAAGUCCUCAUAUCCGCUAUCUGCAGCAGUUUUAUCAUUUGAUAUUAGUUAUGCCACAAUGAAUUUUUUGAAAUCCUGUGGCACAGCUCUUCCAUUUGAUGAGACAAAGCGGGAUUCUGAGAUUAUGAUGAGUGCAGUGGCUAAUCCACCUUUGCCUGAUAAUAAAGCUGGUGCUAUAAAUAAUUCAUACAAAUUCUCAAGAGUGUUUUCAGGCUCUUUACACAAUCAACUUGGCAUUGUGUUGACCAUUCCAGAGCCUGCAACCACUGAAACUGAACCACAGAAUGGUGGAAAGGUUUUCGUUGUGGUAAUUAGGCUAUAUCACUGGGGAAUGGAGUGGGUUUGUUCAAUAGAUCUUGAAAUGCCAUAUCAUGGUCCUGGUCCAGGUUUUCAUUGGGCAGACUUCCAAUUUUUAGACAGCUUACUUGUUUGUCUUAGCACUUCAGGAUUAACAUGCAUUUGGUGUGCUAAUACUGGUAACCCCAUUGCAAGUUUUGAUGUUGUUGGAAGCUGCAGGGUUAAUCGAAAAAUUCAGGCACAGUUAAACCAGCUGGAAGCACCAGAAGCAAAUAGUGUGGAAAGUGAAAGCUUGAGAACUUUGAAAAGCUUAAUGGUGGCUCCAUAUUCUUCUAUAUUAGCUGUAGCUGAUGAACGCGGCAUGGUAUAUGUUGUUGAUGUAAAUGAUCAUAUCUCAGUACAUUUGCCAAACAAAAUUAUUUCUCCAUCUCAGCAUUCUGAUUUUGGCAUGUUGGCUGGCUGGAAUGUUGCAAGCCAGGGGAUAGGUUUUCAAAAGGUUUUCACUGAUAUUUCCCACAAUAGGUGUUUAUAUGGUUCAGAAAUUUCAAAAGGCGAUUUGACAAUGGGCCACAGCACUGUUUUCCAACUACCAAAAAGGGUAAGAAGGCAUAUCAUUGAUAAAGAAAACUGUUUGGGUGGCUUUAGAAGUAGUUCUAAUAUUUUUUCACAAGGAAAGGACCACCUUGAAACAUCUCACACCAAAGAGGAAGUAUUCUCAACUCACAUAAGGAGAGUUCAUUUACCCCCAAAUCAUUGUAGCACUCAGGAUUAUAUUUGCUUUUCACCUUUUGGAUUAACUAGAUUGGUUGGAUAUACUGGCAUAACAGGGGAGAAACUAUACAAUUUCUUUCAUACAGAUUUACACGUUUCUUCUACAGUUGUUGAUGACAGAAAUUUGGAUGAUUUAUUGCUCUACAAAAGGUCUUAUUUUAAGAAAGACAUUUUUGUUGGAGAAUCAAUAGGAUUCUCCUUCAAGGGGAUUAUGUAUGUGGUGACUCAAGAAGGACUCUUUGUCAUUUUACCAUCACUUUCAUUCCCACGUAAUGUGUCCUCAGUUGAAUCUAUAAGGCACCGGAAGCCGAGUACUGAAUGUAACAAAUAUGAAGCAAACGGUUUAUUGGAAGGAAAUGUAUCACAUGAGCUUUGGAGACCUUGGCAGACGGAAGUUUUUGACAAAACUCUUUUCUUUGAAGGUCCUGAAGAAGCAGAAGCCAUUUGUUUCGACAAUGGAUGGGAUAUACGAGUUGCUCGAUUGCGACGAUUGCAGUUAGGGUUGCACUAUCUGAAGUUUGACGAGAUAAAAGAAUCCUUGGAUAUGCUUGUCGAUGCUAAUCUUGCUGAAGAAGGCAUCCUGCACUUGCUGUUUACUUCCGUUUAUCUGGUAUUCUGUAAAGUUGGAAAGGACAAUGAAGCAUCUUUGGCAUCUAGGUUGUUAGCUCUUGCUGCUUGUUUUGCAACUAAAAUGAUUCGAAAAUAUGGGUUAGCUGAGCAUACAGGCGGCAGGGUCCUUUCUCUUAGGAAGGAUUUUAGGAGUGCAUAUAUGUGGAGACAUCAGCAUUUUGAGAACUUUUAUGAGACGAAUAACUCUCGAAUGCUUUCUGAGAUGGCCCUUCUGUUGGAGGUUAUUAGAAAUCUUCAAAGUCAGCUGAGUUCGAAGGACAGAAAGCUACCUGUGGAUAAGAUUGUUGGGAAAGACACGAGAGACAUUGUUGAUGGUGAAAUCCUGCAGAAUGAUUCAAUGCUUCCAAACCCUUCUACUGAGUCUGUCUCAUCAGACGUGCUCAAUUCCAAGGAAUCUCAGGCUCAGGCAUCAUUGUUACGGUUCAAUGAAGUCAAAGAUUUGGCUUUGUCUUCUGCAAAAUCUUCUUAUAGCCAAGUUUGCUUGAAUGAAAUCUGUGUACCUGAAAUUGAUCCCAUUACAAGGAGUAAACUACUUCCCUUGGAAAAUCCGAAGGAGACGAUAACACGCUGGAACAUAGAUGGUCCUGACUUGAAAACUGUUGUGAAGGAAGCUUUAUUUUAUGGCCGCCUUCCAUUAGCAGUGCUUCAAGUGCAUCUUCUACGUCAUGGGGAUCAGAAGGAUGAAAAAGAUCGUUAUGAUAAUUUCACUGAAGUUUGUGAAAUUGGUCGAGCUAUUGCUUAUGAUCUUUUUUUGAAGGGGGAAAGCGCACUAGCUGUGGAGACAUUGUUAAGAAUUGGCGAAGAUAUAGAACUUAUCCUCCGGCAAUUGUUGCUUGGUACGGUGAGAAGAUCCCUUCGAGAACAAAUUGCCAAAGAAAUGGAAUCAUAUGGAUACCUCAGAAGACACGAGCGGAAAAUAUUGGAGAGAAUUUCUCUUAUUGAGCGGUUGUAUCCUAGCAGCAAUUUCUGGUCAACAUAUCAUGGGAAGCAAAAAGAUAGAACUUUAUCAAGGAUUGAUUGGGAGGUCUCAAAAAUUGAAUUGAAAUUUCAUGUGAAUGAAAAUUAUGUCAUCGAAUGUGGAGAUAUUGAUGGGGUCAUAUUAGGCGCAUGGGUUAAUCUUGAUGAUGUCCCUACCCUUUCUGUGGUUGAUGAGGAUACUUCUCAUGCUGGUUACUGGGUUUGUGCUGCGACCUGGGCUGAUGCUUGGGAUCAAAGAACUAUUGACCGUGUUGUUCUUGAUCAUCCUAUCAAUAUGGGAGUCGUUGUAUCAUGGGAAUCACAAUUGGAAUUCUAUUUAUCGCACAACAAUUUUGAGAAGGCCCGCAAACUUUUUAACUUGAUACCUUCAUCUUUUUUAUCUGAGGAAACCCUUAAAAUUAAUCUUAACCAUUCAAGUUAUAGUUCUGGAAAUAAUGCAAUGAAUAUCUGUGCUUCUGGAGAAGUGGAGUCUGUUUACUUGUUUUUUCCCAAUAUCAAAGUUUUCAGAUUUUCUUCUGUUUAUAUGUGCUCAUCUUGGUUAAAAGAGCUUGUGGAGAAGGAAUUGGCCAGAAAUUAUAUCUUCUUAAAAGAUUACUGGGAAAGUACUGCUGAGCUUGUACCUCUUAUUGGUCGUGCUGGCUUAAUUAUUAAUGCAUCUAAAAUUUCAAUUUAUUCCCAAUUCUCUGAUAGUUCUUUGGUUUUGGAUGCGGAGAAAGCUAGUGAUCAAGCCCACAAUGAAACUGCAGAUGCUUUGCAUAGGCUAAUUAUGCACUAUUGUACUCAAUAUAACCUUCCACAUUUUCUGGAUCUUUAUCUUGACCAUCAUAAUCUGGUUUUAGAUGACGAUACUCUAUGCCUUCUUCGUGAAGCUGCAGGGGAUUGUCAAUGGGCAAAAUGGCUGCUGCUUUCAAGGAUAAGGGGUCGUGAACAUGAAGCAUCAUUCUUCAAUGCACAUUCAAAUUUAUCUAAGCAGAUGGCCCAUACUAGCAAGCUCAAUGUCCAUGAAGUGGACGAGAUAAUACAGACUGUAGAUGAUAUGGCUGAAGGGGGAGGUGAAUUUGCUGCUUUGGCUACGCUGAUGCAUGAAUCUGCCCCAAUGCAGAAAUUUCUGUGUACAGGAAGUGUAAGUAGGCAUUGUACUUCAUCCUCUCAAUGCACACUGGAAAACUUAAAGCCCGGACUUGAGAAGUUUCCUACAUUGUGGAGAGCUCUUGUUUCAUCUUGCUUCGGAACAGAUUCAGUUGGUGUUUCUAUGAGCUCAAGUUCAUUUUUUGGAAAGUCGGCAUUUUCGGACUACUUGAGAUUCCGAGAUAGCAUGUUUUCUUCUGCUGGAGGGGACACUUCAUUGGUGCAAAUGCUUCCAUGUUGGUUUCCAAAGUCUGUAAGGAGAUUGGUUAGGCUAUUUGCCCAGGUUCCUCUGGGAUGGCAAUCACUUUCAAGUGCAUUAAAUUUUGGUGAUUCCAUUCUUUAUCGAGAAAACAAUUAUGUCUUCAAUGGAAACAUUGAUGGAAUAAAUCCUGUAAGCUGGGAAGCAGCUAUCCAGAAGAGCGUUGAAGAGGAGCUGUUUUCUUCAGUUGAGGAGGAUGGAUCUGGCAUGGAGCAGCACUUGCAUCGUGGCCGUCCAAUGGCAGCAUUUAAUUAUCUACUCAGUUUACGGGCUUCAAAGCUUAAAGAUGCUACUAAACAUCAAGAACUUAUAAGGCAAACCAAUAUUCAGUCAGAUGUCCAAGCAAUAUUGUCACCCUUAAGCCUUAAAGAAUGGUCUCUUCUACCAUCCAUCAUCCAACUGGCUGGUUUUUACUUUUUUGAUCCUGUACUAGUUGCUUCAUGCACAUUCCUGCGGGAGUUAUGCGGGUUAUCCACAAGCAUGCUUCGUAUUGAUAUUGCUGCUCUGCUCCGUAUUUCUGAUUAUUACUCUAAAAUCAGGCAAAAUACUCACCAUGAUAUUUCACCUAAGGGCUCUGCUAUUCAUGUUGAAUCUCAUGAAGGUGAUAUCAUCUACUCUCUUGCGCGAGCACUAGCUGAUAAUUAUAUACACCAUGACAAUCCCAUGGCAUUGAAGCAGAAGGAAGUUCAAGUUGAUGUUUCUAGGGUUAAACAAAUGUUGCAACCGUUAUUAAUUGUUUUGCAACACCUAGAAAAAGCAAGUUUGCCAUCACUAGAAGAAGGCGGGACAUGCGGAUAUUGGCUUUCCAGUGGUAUUGGUGAUGGAUUUGAAUUCAGGUCACGUCAAAAGGAUGCAAGUCAGCACUGGAAACUGGUUACAGAAUUUUGUCAGAUUCAUCAUCUUCCUUUGAGUACAAAGUAUCUUACUUUACUUGCAAACGACAAUGACUGGGUUGGGUUUUUGAUGGAAGCUCAGAUCAGAUUGUUUUCAACAGAUACAGUUAUCAAAGUGGCAGCUAAGGAGUUCACUAAUCCACGACUGAAGACACAUGUUCUAACAGUACUGAAAAGCAUGCCGUCAAUGAGGAAAAAACAAAGCAAUCCGUUAAGUGCCUCCUCAGGAAGCAGUCAUGUCUUUGCAAAUGAUAGUGACAGUAUGAUACCUGUUGAACUUUUUGGAAUAAUUGCCAUGUGCGAGAGGCAUAAGAAUCCUGGUGAGGCUCUUCUUAUUAAAGCCAAAGAUUUAAGGUGGUCUCUAUUGGCUAUGAUUGCUUCAUGCUUUCCUGAUGUCACUCCUCUUUCAUGCUUAACUGUCUGGCUUGAGAUUACAGCAGCAAGGGAGACAUCAUUAAUCAAGGUGAACGAUAUUUCCUCCAAAGUUACUGAAAAUGUAAAAGCUGCUGUAGAGUCUACAAAUGCAUUGCCAUCGGGGUGUAGAACUCUUUCAUUUCAUUACAAUAGAAGAAACUCCAAGAGGAGGCGGCUUUUGGAUCCAUCAUCAGAUAGCUCUCCUGUUGACUCCUCGAACAUCAGUCCUAUUUUGAUGGCCUCUAUGGCAACUUCUGUCUCCGAAGGAACUGUAUCCAAUGAGUCAGAAACAAGUGCAAUUCUUGAACAAUCCAGGGUCUCCACUGAUCCUGAUGAAGCCCUUACUUCUCUGUCAAAUAUGGUAGCUGUUCUUAGUGAACAGCAUUUAUUUCUUCCUCUGCUAAGAGCUUUUGAAAUGUUUCUUCCAUCAUGCGCUCUUCUUCCUUUUAUACGGUCCCUUCAGGCAUUUUCUCAAAUGCGACUUUCUGAAGCUUCAGUGCAUCUAUCAUCCUUUUCAACAAGAAUAAAAGAUGAAUCACUUUUUAUGCCAACAAACAUACAAAGAGAUGGGAUAGUAAAAGCAGCGUGGAUUAGUUCAACAGCUGCAAAAGCUGCAGAGGCCAUGCUGUCAACAUGCCCAUCAGCUUAUGAAAAAAGGUGUUUGUUGCAACUUCUCGCAGCGACUGAUUUUGGGGAUGGAGGGUCCAUUUCAAUUUAUUUUAAGCGGCUCCACUGGAAAAUUAAUUUAGUUGAACCUUUACUACGCAAAGAUGAUGACUUAUAUUUAGGAAAUGAGACCCUAAGUGAUAACGCUCUAUUAGCAGCUUUAGAAAAUAAUGGGCGCUGGGACCAGGCAAGAAAUUGGGCAAGGCAGCUCGAGUCUGCUGGUGCAUCUUGGAAAUAUGCUGCUCACCAUGUUACUGACACACAGGUCGAGGCAAUGGUAGCAGAAUGGAAGGAAUUCCUUUGGGAUGUCCCUGAAGAGAGAGCUGCUUUAUGGUCCCACUGUCACACACUUUUUGUGCGAUGUUCUUUUCCCGCAUUGCAGGCAGGGUUGUUUUUUCUCAGACAUGCAGAUGCUAUUGAAAAAGAGAUUCCAGCCAGAGAACUACAUGACAUGCUCUUAUUUGCACUGCAAUGGUUAAGCGGAUUUAUUACACAAAUCCCUCCAGUUUAUCCUCUAUACCUUUUACGUGAGAUUGAAACAAGAGUGUGGCUUCUAGCUGUGGAAUCAGAAGCUCAGGCUAAAAAAGAAGGUGAUUACACUCUUACUUCAACCCAUAGUCUCGGCGGUGGAAACAGUGUCAACAUUAUAGAGCAAACUGCCACUAUUAUAGAAAAAAUGGAUGGCCAUGUAAAUACAUCGAGCUUGAAAGUUUCUGAGAGAAAUGGCUCACGAGAAAACUUCUUGCCACUCAACCGCUCUAAUCAGGUAUCAGAUUCUAGCAAUUCUGGCACUAUGUCAUGCAGCACAAGAGUCAAAAGGAGGAGCAAGAACUAUGUGGCACUAAAACGGCCCACAGACAACAUGGACACCAACAAUGAAUCUGAUGAUUCCCCAAAGUCUCCACAAAAUAUGGGGAAUGGUAGUGAAAUAUCAAAAAGUUCCCCACUACUGGAAGAAAAUAUGAAAAUUGAAGCAUCUGUUUCAGGGUGGGAGGAAAAGGUUAGGCCUGCAGAUAUGGAAAGGGCUGUUCUUUCUCUUUUGGAAUUUGGACAAGUAACAGCAGCUAAGCAGCUUCAGCAUAAACUGUCCCCAGCUCAUGUACCUUUCGAAUUAGCAAUUGUUGAUGCUGCAUUGAAGGUUGCUUCUCUUUCAUCUUCAAGUAGUAAUGAUGAAAGUAGAGAUUCGAUGAUGGAUGCUGAAGUUAUUUCUUCCAUUCAAUGUUUUAAUCUACAUGUCAACAACCAUGCGAUUAACCCUUUGCAGGUAUUGGAGUCCUUGGCAUCUAAGUGUGGGGAAGGCUGCGGGCGUGGAUUAUGCCGGAGAAUAAUAGCUGUGGUAAAGGUUGCUAAUGUUUUGGGACUUACAUUUUCUGAAGCAUUUGCAAAGCGACCUAUAGAAUUACUUCAAUUGCUCUCUUUAAAAGCACAAGACUCUCUUGAAGAAGCCAAGCUCCUGGUUCAUACCCAUUUCAUACCACCAGCAAAUAUUGCAAGAAUUUUGGCUGAAUCAUUCCUAAAGGGUUUAUUAGCAGCGCAUCGAGGGGGUUACAUAGAUUCUCAAAAGGAAGAAGGUCCUGCGCCACUUCUAUGGAGGUUUUCUGAUUUUUUGAAGUGGGCAGAACUUUGUCCUUCUGAGCCAGAAAUUGGCCAUGCGCUGAUGCGCUUGGUGAUGACAGGUCAAGAAAUACCACAUGCUUGUGAGGUUGAGCUUCUCAUACUUUCGCAUCAUUUUUACAAGUCUUCUGCCUGUUUAGAUGGUGUGGAUGUUCUCGUCACCCUUGCUGCAAAUAGGGUAGAAUCUUAUGUUUCAGAGGGAGAUUUCUCUUGUUUGGCUCGGUUGGUAACGGGAGUGAGUAAUUUCCAUGCCUUGAAUUUCAUUCUCAACAUCCUGGUAGAGAACGGCCAACUAGAACUUCUCCUUAACAAGUAUACUACUCCUGAGACUGCUGCUGGCUCAUCUGAGUCUAUUAGAGGAUUUAGAAUGGCUGUUCUCACAUCGUUGAAGAUUUUUAAUCCUGUUGAUCUCGAUUCAUUUGCAAUGGCGUAUACUCAUUUUGACAUGAAGCACGAAACUGCGUCCCUACUUGAAUCGCGUUCUAUUCAACACAUGCACCGUUGGUUGUCCCACCCUGACAGAGACCGCCAAACCGAAGAACUUCUCGAAGCCAUGCGCUUCCUCAUUGAGGCUGCUGAAGUUUUCUCCACCAUUGAUGCAGGACACAAAGCUCGCCAUGCUUGUGCCCGAGCCGCCCUCCUCUUCCUUCAGAUUCGUAUCCCAGACCUCACCUGGAUUGAGCUCUCAGAAACAAAUGCCCGUCGAGUUCUCGUAGAGCAAUCCCGCUUCCAGGUUGCCCUUGUUGUUGCAGAAGCCUAUGGUCUAAACCAACCAAUGGAAUGGGCCCCUGUUCUAUGGAACCAAAUGCUGAGGCCUGAUUUAUUGGAAGACUUUGUGACUGAAUUUGCACUUGUCCUCCCCAUGCAUCCAUCCAUGCUUCUCGAGUUAGCGAGAUUUUAUCGGUCCGAGGUGGCUGCAAGGGUUGAUCAGUCCCAUUUUUCUGUAUGGCUUUCGCCGGGUGGUUUGCCUGCUGAGUGGGUUAAGCAUCUUGGAAGGUCAUUUAGGAGUUUGCUCAGGAGGACAAGGGAUUUGAGGCUGCGGGUUCAGUUGGCAACAAUGGCUACUGGUUUUGAAGAUGUGAUCAAUGCCUGCAUGAAGGGCUUGGAUAAAGUGCCUGAUAAUGCAGGUCCACUCAUCUUGAGGAGAGGCCAUGGGGGAGCAUAUGUUGCCCUCAUGUGAACUUCAUUGCCACUUUUCGCUAUAAGAUUAUCCCCCACACACACAUUAUUACAUACCCAAAGGUUUUAUUUUGGAAAUUAUUGCACAUUCUUGCGCAAAGGACAGCUAUUUUCUUUGGACAGGAUGUACAGAAGGUGUAUUCGCGCAGUAGGAAGAAAGGGGAAAUAUGGGUUCGGGUGAGUUCUUCCUUUCUUUUUGCUGUCGAUUCUGGCAAUCUACUGGAGGUAUGUUUGUAAUUAUACAAAUUUUGCUUUCGAAUUUAGAGCAAUUGUAUUUAAGAAAAAAAAAACGAUUUGUUGGAAAUAGUAUGUAAUAAAGUUUUGAUUGGUCAAGAGUAUUUAUUGAAAAAA